AUGCGUUGCAAGGCUACUAUUGCCGUCCGGUCACUGCUCGUCGUCGGCGUUCUCAUUGCGCUUGCCGCGGGUGAUGGGUGCUCGACAACGACGAUGAAUAUUCUUCCGGAGAGCACGUCGAGAAUCAUUGGUGCAACCGUCAUUUGGUCCGCCGGUUGGGAUUUUGAUUUUGCCUGCGUUUUGCCCACUGGAACAGCAGGUGGCAAUGGCGGAGACGGCGGAGAAGUCCUCGGCAAAAACGGUAGCGACGGAACUAACAGAACCAAUGAAACUGAUAGGGCCGACGGGCAAAACGGACAAAACGGGCAAAACGUAGCUAGCAGUCCUAAGGAACCUAGCGGCACCAACGGGGCUAAUAGUGCUAACGGUGCGAGUGGAAAUGGUAUUGUUGGGGAAAGCAAUCCAGGAGCAAACAGCGGCAGUGUAAGUGCUGGGGGUGCAAGUGAUCCUGGAGCAGGCGGCAGCAGAAACAGUUCCGGAGAUGGACUCGGGAACGGCGGAAGUGGAAGUGGAAGUGGAAACGGAGCCGGAAGCGGAAGCGGAAGCGGAAGCGGAAACGAAAACGGAAAUGGAAACGGAAACGGAAACGGAAACGGAAACGGAAACGGAAACGGAAACGGAAGCGGAAGCGGAAACGGAAACGGAAGUGGAAGCGGAAGUGGAAGUGGAAAUGCAAACAGCCGAAUCGGCACCAGCAGCGGCAGCGGAAGCACUUCUACUGGAAACGGCCCAAGUCGAAACGCUGACGGCGGGAGCAAUAAUGGAAACAAUCAAAUCGGCAGUAGCAGUGGCGACGGCGCUUCUGCAGGAAACAGCCCAAGCCAAAACGAUCCUGACAGGAGUAGCAGUGGAACUGGAAAUGGAAAUGGAAAUGGAAAUUCCGGCCCGGGGGGGAACAGCCGACCCGGCGGUAACAAUGGCGGCAGCGCUUCACCCAGCAACAGCCAAAAUCAAAGCGAUCCCAAUGGGAGCAGCAGUGGAAAUGGAAACGUCCAUUCAGGCUCUGGCGGAAACAAUCGAAUCGCCGGCAAUAGUGGCAGCGGAGGCGCUUCUACCGGAAGCGGCUCUGGUCAAAACGGUCCUGGUGGGAGUAAUGGUGCAGAUGGAAGUGCAAAUAGUUCCGGGGGAAACAACCAAAUCGGCGGCAGCAGUGGCAGCGGAGGCACCUCUACUGGAAACAGCUCAAGCCAAAGCGACCCCGGCGGGAGCAAGAAUGGAAACGAACAUGAAAAUCCUGGUUCGGGGGGAAACAGCCGAGUCGCGGGGAACAGUGGAGGCGGCGCUUCUACCGGCCACGGCCCAAACCAAAGCGAUCCCGGCGGAAGUAAUAAUGGAGAUGGAAAUUCCGGUCCUGGAGGAAGCAGCCGAGUCGGCGGCAACAGUGGCGGCGGCAAUUCUACCGGCCAUGGCCAGGAUCAAAGCGAUGCCGGCGGCAGCAGCGUCACUGGAAAUGGAGAUGCCCAUUCCGGUUCUGGCGGGCAUAACCAAGUCGGCGGCAACAGUGGUAGCAAAGGUGCUUCUACCGGAAGCGACUCUGGUCAAAGCGAUCCCGGCGGGAGCAAAGAUGGGAAUGCAAGGGCAAGUUCUGGUCCCGAGGGGAGCAGCCGAAUCGGCAGCAACAGUGGCGGCGGCGCUCCCGCCAGCAACGGCCAAAACCAAAGCGAUCCCGGCGGCAGCGGCGGCAGCAGCGGCGGCAAUGGAGAUGCCCACGAUGCACACGCAUCCGCAAGUCACGGUCAAGGCGGCAGCGACGCUGGCAGCGCAGUCAGCAGCGCCCCUCCUACAAAUGGCCAUGGCCAAGGCGAGAGCCCUUCCGGCGGGCAGGGGUCGCAGGCCUGGAUGGCAAGUCACGGCCCCGGCACGACUUCUGCGCACGACGGGGAUAGACUCGCUUCAGGCGCGGCGUCCACGGCCCAAGACCCCGGGUCUACGGUCGCCACGGCGGGCGCUUCGGCCGGCAAGUCUGCCGCGGCGCUGUCCUGCCUGCUGCUGGUUGCUGCUGCUGGCGUCGUGCUUGCGUCAUGA